AUGUCGAGACCCAAGGGACUGUUAUGGCUGCCACUGUUCUUCACCCCGGUCUGCGUCAUGUUGAACUCCAACGUUCUCCUGUGGAUAACCGCUCUUGCCAUUCGCUUCACGCUCAUUGACAGCCAAGCACAGUAUCCAGUCGUCAACACAAAUUAUGGCAAAAUCCGGGGCCUAAGAACACCAUUGCCUAAUGAGAUUUUGGGUCCCGUGGAGCAAUACUUGGGGGUUCCCUAUGCCUCGCCUCCCACUGGAGAGAGGCGGUUUCAGCCCCCAGAACCCCCAUCCUCAUGGACUGGAGUUCGAAAUGCCACCCAGUUCGCGGCUGUGUGCCCCCAACACCUAGAUGAGAGGUCUUUAUUGCACGAUAUGCUGCCCAUCUGGUUUACUGCCAAUUUGGAUACUUUAAUGACAUAUGUUCAAGAUCAAAACGAAGACUGCCUUUACCUAAAUAUCUACGUGCCCACCGAAGAUGGAGCCAACACAAAGAAAAACGCAGAUGAUAUAAGCAGUAAUGACCGUGGUGAAGAUGAAGACAUCCAUGAUCAGAACAGUAAGAAGCCGGUAAUGGUCUAUAUCCACGGCGGGUCUUACAUGGAAGGCACCGGCAAUAUGAUAGAUGGGAGCGUUCUGGCAAGCUACGGAAACGUCAUCGUGAUAACCAUUAACUACCGGCUGGGCAUUCUAGGAUUUUUAAGUACCGGCGACCAGGCGGCCAAAGGCAACUAUGGGCUCCUGGAUCAGAUCCAGGCGCUACGGUGGAUCGAGGAGAACGUCGGGGCCUUCGGCGGGGAUCCCAAGCGAGUGACCAUCUUCGGCUCGGGGGCGGGAGCCUCUUGCGUCAGCCUCUUGACCUUGUCACACUAUUCAGAAGGUAAGAAGGGCAACUUUGCACCUGCAGGUCUGUUCCAGAAGGCGAUCAUCCAGAGCGGGACCGCCCUGUCCAGCUGGGCAGUGAACUACCAGCCUGCCAAGUACACUCGGAUAUUGGCAGAUAAAGUCGGCUGCAACAUGCUGGAUACCACGGACAUGGUCGAAUGUCUUCGGAAUAAGAACUACAAAGAGCUCAUUCAGCAGACCAUCACCCCCGCCACGUACCACAUUUCCUUUGGCCCUGUCAUCGACGGCGAUGUCAUCCCGGACGACCCUCAGAUCCUGAUGGAGCAGGGAGAGUUCCUGAAUUAUGACAUCAUGCUGGGCGUCAACCAGGGGGAAGGCUUGAAGUUUGUGGAUGGUAUCGUGGACAACGAGGAUGGCGUGACGCCCAACGACUUUGACUUCUCCGUGUCCAACUUUGUGGACAACCUUUAUGGCUACCCAGAGGGCAAAGACACGCUGCGGGAGACCAUCAAAUUCAUGUACACAGACUGGGCUGACAAGGAAAACCCGGAGACGCGACGGAAGACCCUGGUGGCUCUCUUCACGGACCACCAGUGGGUGGCCCCCGCCGUGGCCACAGCCGACCUCCACGCCCAGUAUGGCUCUCCGACCUACUUCUACGCCUUCUAUCACCACUGCCAAAGUGAAAUGAAACCCAGCUGGGCAGACUCAGCCCACGGCGACGAAGUGCCCUAUGUCUUUGGGAUCCCCAUGAUCGGCCCCACGGAACUCUUCAGUUGUAACUUCUCCAAGAACGAUGUCAUGCUCAGCGCGGUGGUCAUGACAUACUGGACCAACUUCGCCAAAACCGGUGACCCCAAUCAGCCUGUUCCUCAGGACACCAAGUUCAUUCAUACAAAACCCAAUCGCUUUGAGGAAGUGGCCUGGUCCAAGUAUAACCCCAAAGACCAGCUCUAUCUGCAUAUUGGCCUAAAGCCCAGAGUGAGGGAUCACUACCGAGCCACCAAGGUGGCUUUCUGGCUGGAAUUGGUGCCCCACCUGCACAACCUGAAUGAGAUCUUCCAGUAUGUCUCCACCACCACAAAGGUCCCUCCUCCUGACAUGACCUCCUUUCCCUAUGGAACCCGGCGGUCUCCCGCCAAGAUCUGGCCCACGACCAAACGCCCAGCCAUCACUCCCGCUAACAACCCCAAACACUCCAAGGACCCUCAUAAGACGGGGCCCGAGGACACAACCGUCCUCAUCGAAACCAAACGGGAUUACUCCACCGAACUGAGCGUCACCAUCGCCGUGGGGGCCUCCCUGCUCUUCCUCAACAUUUUGGCCUUCGCGGCUCUGUACUACAAGAAGGACAAGAGACGCCACGAGACUCACAGGCGCCCCAGUCCCCAGAGGAACACGACCAACGACAUCGCUCACAUCCAGAACGAAGAGAUCAUGUCGCUGCAGAUGAAGCAGCUGGAGCACGACCACGAGUGCGAGUCCCUGCAGGCUCACGACACGCUGAGGCUCACCUGUCCCCCAGACUACACCCUGACGCUGCGCCGCUCUCCGGAUGACAUCCCACUCAUGACACCAAACACCAUCACCAUGAUUCCAAACACACUGACGGGGAUUCAGCCUUUGCACACGUUCAACACCUUCAGUGGAGGACAAAACAGUACGAAUCUCCCCCACGGACACUCGACCACCAGAGUAUAGCUGCGCAGU